AUGCCAGCCUUGCCAGGCCCCCCAGAGAAGAGCCCCGCGCCUCCCUUCGACACCUUUGAGUACUUCCAGGACAAGGAGGACGACCUGGACAAACCCUACAACGACCGCUCCUACCUCAGCUCUGAGGGACUGGCCCGCGAUGAUGCCCGCACAGCCUUGCACUGGCAGGGUGAGAGAUUUGGGGACGGGGGCGAUGUGCUGGGGGUCCAGCCUGGGCGAGCAGCCAGGGAUUUCGGCAUACCCACGGUGCCGGCCCAGCCUCACCCCUUCGCCUCCAGGCUGGGGCGGCCAAGCCGGGUGCGUUUCAGCGACCCCGAGGGCAACGUGCUGUUCGAACACCCCGUGCAAAAGAGCGCUGCCCCCGAGGACGGCAUGGCCAACAUCCAGCUGCUCCGCGGGGAGCAGCUCCGUGUGUCCCUCAUCACCCGGGCUCAGCCCUCCGGAGAGGUCCACGGGCAUAUCCUCAAGCACCGGGCACUCUUUGCAGAGACAUUUGGCGCCAUCCUGACCUCAUCGGACCCCACGCACCUGGGCGCUGGGGGCAUGGCCAUGCUGACGCUGAGCGACACUGAGAACAACCUGCACUUCAUCCUCAUGGCCCGGGGGCUGCUGGAGCCCAAAUCCUCCUGGGUCCCGCUGCGGGUCCGCAUCCUGCACCAGGGUCAGAUGCUGCGGGAGGUCCGCACCAACAUCACCAUGGAGACCAUCACCACCCGCCGCAGCUGUGACACCAUCCAAAGUGUGCUGUGCGGAGCAGACGCCUUGCUGCCGACCAAGACGGGGGCUGUGGGCUCGGCCAAGCUGGCGCUGCACGAGAAUGGCACCCUGGAGUACCAG